GAUGGGAGGAAGCGCUGAUGGGCGGGGCCAGAUCCCAGCGAGGUUAAAUAGGUCACCUCCACCCUGGGCGCCCAUCCUGUCUCCCCCGGCUGAGGGACCGCACGCAGAGACCUUCUCUGGGCUCCAGCACCAUGGCCCCAUGGAAGACGCUGCUCCUGCUCACCCUCCUCCUGGGGGCUUCCUUGCAGGUCGCCCGUGCAGCUCGAGGGAUCAACGUGGGCCGGGAGUGCUGCGUGGAGUACUUCAAAGGGGCCAUCCCUGUGCGGAGGGUGGUGCGGUGGUACCGGACCUCGGAGGAGUGUCCCAGGGCUGCUGUCGUGUUUGUAACUGUCCAGGGCAGGUCCAUCUGUGCGAACCCCAAGGAAACCACGGUGAAGAAGGCGAUCAAAUACUUGCGAACCAUCAUGAAGUCACAUGACACCAGGGUCCAGGAGUCCUGAUUUCUCCCUGGACCAUGUGGAAACUUCAGUGCCUCAGUGUUCACUACCCCAACCCCCCAGCGGCCUGGGUCCAGUGGGGGCCACCCAGGGACGGAGUACCAUCCCUUUCCCAACUGGAACCGAGGCAUGAAAAGCCCCCAUUAAAGUCUUUCUGCCGCA